GGUUCCAUCGCAUGCAGCGGUGUAUUGACGUGAAUGGACAAUAUUUUGAAAAGAUAUAAUAAAACUAAUAACUGGCUAAUGUAAUCAGUUUUUGAUUUUCUAAGAACUUUCAGUUUGACCCUCGUACUAUUAGAUAAUUGAGGUAUUUUUUUUCUUCAAAUUGGUGUUUUUUCCACACAUAAACAUAUUUUUCUAUGUGAUAUUUUUCAUUUUUUAUGUGAUAUUUUUCAUUUUUUAGUUAUAUUCAUUAAACGGUUUGCAUUUUUUGGUUAAUCACAAUGAAUUAUACUAAACCUUAAGUGUACAAUGGUUAUCAAAUUUAUUGAAAUGAGUUAAAUAUGGAACAAAAGUUUUAAGAAUUUAAAUAUGCCAAUACAUAGACCACUAUUUUUCAAAGCCACAUUUUAGGAAAAAGGAUUUUUUUAAUUUUGGAGAAUAUGUCUUGUUUUAAUUCCACUUAUUUAUUUAGACAGAUAAGUAACACCCGGUUUCUGAAUAAAGAAUUUAAUGUUGAGUACGUCUCAAACUGUACUUAAACGUUACUUAACAGGUUUUCGUUUCCGAUUUUGGUUUUCUUAUUAUGUGUUGGUAUGUUUAAGAACUCAGUGCUUCGUCCUCCGGCCGUGGAGAAGUGGUACUGCGUGUCCGUUAGGCGAGUGUCGUACGGUCGCGAGGCGGGCGGGGGCGUGUGCGGGGGCGGGGGCGGGGGCGGCGGUGGGGGCGGGGGCGCCACGCACAGGCUGGCCGUGCACGACCUGCGCGGCGCCUGGACCAAGCUCAACAGGGACCUCGCCUUCGCGCUCAUAGACACAUACAUCAAGACUCAGCAACUGAAAAAGAAUCUUUCAACGAAAGCUCUGAAGGAAGAAGAGAAAAUGAACACAUCACCGAAACAUCAGCGGGAGGCGGAUGUGGUCUCGCCCCCUCCCACUGCACAGGUCAGUGUUGAAACAAAAUAGGUUUUGUUUUGUUUCAGAUGUAAAUGACAAAAUGUUCAUUUUAUUUAAUAUUUCUAUAUUAAGUAACUAGAAUUUACUUUUCAACAUUUUGCAACAGUUUUAAAUGUUAGUUUUCCUUAUUUUAUUCUGGACUGAUUGAAUAUACUACAUAAUAUGUAUCUUUAGGCGAAUUUGAGGUUUAAGGACAGAUACACAGUAUUAGUUUAGUAGA